AUGGCAGAAGACCAACAACUCGCCAUUCAUGAACAUGAUACUCCGCCAACGCCACAUUCUCAAACACCACUGACGCAAGUUAUAUCACCUCCAAUGCCCGCGGACAUAUCUACAGCACAUUCAGGCAUCCCUAUCGGACAUCCUCCACCAACAGCACAGACGGCGUCCAACCUUGUGGAGUCCGCACGUUUUACCGCGUUAGAAGGAAUGGUGAACCACUUGGCGGCCAACAUGGCUACCAACAUGACGGAGCUCAUGGCCAUGCUCAGGAAUCAGAAUCAGGCUUCAUCGAGCUUUACUUCGCCUCUGGAGCAUAGACCAAUUGUCGAUCCAAAUCCAACAAUCACUCCAACCUUUGUUUCGGAGGUUGAAGACGCAUCUUUCUCAACAAUGACGUUUAUACCAACGGUCCAUCCGAUCAAUGAUCCUUUACCGCCACCACCUGCUCCAACAGCAGUUCCGUUGCCACCAGCAGCUUUCUUAUCCACGGACUCGACUAUGCAUACGCUGCCAUCGCUAACCGUGUCAAUGCAUCCUCCAAUCUAUACUGUGCCACCACCGACAAUUCCUCCGGUCACGAUCGCACAGGCUCCUGUUUCCACUGCAGACCAAUUUCCUUUCCAAACUCCACAGCCCAAAUAA